AUGUUUUAUUGUCACGCUUCAUAUCCGGUACUUUUGCACGGCCCACUAACCAUCCAGCAACAGACAAACUCCGAUUUCCCUAACGGAGCGGAGAUCACCACCGCGGCGAGUCUUGCCGGAACGCAAGUUAUUGUCCCAACAAGCACCUUCAACGUCGGAAAUGGUGCGACGACUGCGUUCAGCACUUUCAACGUCGGAGGUGGUGCAACGACUGCAACUUCAUUUGGAGGCGGUACUACAGCUGUAACUACUACACCAUACGUACAAAUUACCACAGCUCCCAUCGACACCGUGGGCUUCACGCCUAUCACCACCCAAGAUAGUUUGGCAGGGACUGAAGUUAUAGUGACUACUGAGCCAAAUGGCGUCAUAUCUACCGUUUCGCAGAUCACCACCAUCAACGCAGGCGAACCGGCCACGCAGGUCACUUCUAAUUCCCCACCUCCUGCUCAGGUUUCAACGACAUUCGAAACCACCUCAACACCAGAAACAACUGUUCCAGAACCACCUGCCACGACACCCAAUCCACCGCAAACUCCAGCGUCAGGAGUGACUACAACACUUUCCCCUCAGGGUACCCAAACUACGGUGACAACUUUUCCGAAUACUCCAGAGACAAGCGUCACGGCUGCGUUGACCACCACCACCCCCACUGCAGCAAUCACGUCAUCAACCUCAAUUCCACAGAGCUCUCAAACAACCGUGGCCACCACUACUCCAGUUUCUCUACCCCCCAAUUCCGGCACGUCACCAGAAUCUUUCUCUUCACCUGCAGUCUCUUCCUUGCCCCAAUCGCCAGUUUUCUCUACAUCAUCCAUCCCAGGCCAGGAAUUUACAUCCACAACUCUCACUAAGACUAUUACUACCACUGCUGCAAUUCCUGUAAGCACUGUGAUUGUAACUGAUUUGUACACCUCUACGAUAGUCACGGUUCUGAGCAACUUACCAGUCUACACUACUGAGACUAUAGCCGAAUCAACGGUAUCAGUCGCACUAACGACUGUCGCGACUCAAUUUAUCACGACGCCAUCAACACUUCAGUGUUCAACCGUUGUGACCUCGUCUCCCAUUGUGCAAACUGAGGGCUCGGUCAUUUACUCUACGUUUAGCUCACCAACCACCACUGUCGUCAACAGUCAACAGGUUGUUACCGAGAGUGUCACAGAAUCCACUGUGUACACUACAUCAAUUCCAACCGUUGUCACCACUUCGUCUUCAAGUGUCGUUACUUCUUACUCGACAAUUUCAGGUAUCACGGAGAUUGUCUCACCCAUUGUGACCACUUCAACAGUUACGAUUACAACAAGUGCCGCUGUAACCUCUGUGGCGCUUGUGACCAACGGCGUUACUACUUCGACAGUUUACACAUCUACUCUAACUGCCGCCAUUACUAGUGCUCCUGCUGCCAUCGGCAAUACUCCUCAGCCAAGUCCCUCAUCUGCAUACACCACUUAUGUCGUAACGUUGCCUGACUCCACAUAUACAUUGACACAUGUGAGCAACGUCGAAACCACUUUCCAAACUGCUCUUCCAACGACAAUCACCAGUGAGUUCCUAACAACGCUUACAAAUGUCCAAUUGUCAACUUCAACUAUUACGCCAAGUGUCUUGUACUCGAAUUCCAGUUCCCUCCAGACUCUAGUGGUUUACGAAGCAGUGACGCUUGUCACCCUAGAUACGACCACAUACAGCUCCGACGUUACGGCUGUGACUACGUCUACUUCUCAAGCGACAUCCCUUGAGACUGUAACGAUAACGGGCCAACAAGUGACACAUGUGGCGCCUAUUUCCCCAGAUGUUUUGACGCUGAAUAAGCGGUGUCCUGAUUGCGAGCUACUGCCUAAGACCGUUUAUCAAACUGUCAUAUAUGAAGACAUCAUCUCUUGUACGGCGUCUACAAGCAUCAACAUCGUUCAUGCGCCAACUACUGCAGUAAGCUACGAAGUCCAAACCAGUUACUCAACAUUGACCACCGAUUACGUGCUACUACACGAAACGGAAUACACAACUGUGACCACCUUCACGACGCCGGCAUACGUUACAUCGGUGGCUACCAGCGUUACAACUUACACAUCUACCAGAACCUUGACCGAAGGCACGUCUGCGGUCCUCUAUAGCUACGAGAUCGUCCCUGUGUCCACAAGCUACGUGACGGCAACCUCAUAUGUUCCAUCAACUCAAACCUUCGGAUGUAGCCCUUCGUUUGGAACAGCAUACACGGCGAGUUUCUCUGUCGAUUACAGCGAGAGUGUGAUUCCUGGUGCCACCACGGUUUAUGCGAUGUCUUCCACCCCCGUUGAAUCGACAUCUUAUCUGACAACCAGUGGCGCGCACGCAGCAUCCACUGUCUACUCUAACACUGAGUUUGUCUCAACUUACGCCACUGUAUCUGUGUCAUCAAUCCCUGGCGGUUCAAUACAGAUUUCCAACAGCGCACAAACCGCAAACCUGAACCCCAUCAAGUUUGUUCAGAAGAUGUUCCUCACCGCAUUUAUUCUCCUCCUAAGUUCAUCCAUUCUGAUUUGA